AUGUCGAGUUGUCGCCACAACAGCGCAAUCAAGACAGCUGAUCCGCUCCCUCAGCUUCAACAGCAACUCCGCGUCCGCGAUAGUCGAUUCAGUAUCCUGUCUCAGCACGAAAUUGACGCUAUCUAUGCAGCUGAGUACGGUGAGCCUACCCAGCAAGACUGCAACGACUUCUUCUUGCUCUUCCUUGGUCUACACGAAGAUAUCAUGAAGUUACAACGAGAAUUGCUUGAGAUCACAGCAAGAGGCGCGGACGCUAUGACUAUAGCACCUUGUUUCUACGGCCGAUUGAACGUCAUUAUGAAAGAACGAAUCGAGACCCUUGCAAGCGGGAAGCCGCUUAGGGUUGAGGGCUAUCCUCCCACUUAUCCAGGGCCGAUGAUGUUGCGUUGGGUUCGCGAAUAUGUCAUUGCCAUGCCUUCGUUAUACGAGCGUACCGAAGGCUUGCUUGCGGCUCAAGUACAGCAGUCUUUAUUUGAAGCACCCACCACAAGUACUUCUACAUCAACCUCUACGUCUCUUUCUGCAACACACGCUGAAACUGAGACUUUCACUAUAGAUGCAAGGAGGGCACGCAAAACUCGGCAGAAAAAUCGCAAAACUGCUUGGCCGAGGUCUGGCAAGUAGGUCGUUUGGUGCUGAAAAGGAACUGGUAACGUUGCCUUCAAACGGAAUGGCUUGGUAGAGGGCCUGUGACGCCUUACAUCAAUGGGCUAAAUCGCCUUUCCCUUGCUUUGUUGACGU